AUGCAUUUCGGCCUCGCUGUACAAAAUCUGGUGGACCAUCUCAAAGCAGCGGGUCAACACAAUAAUUUUUCGAACCCAGUUCUCCUACAGGAGCUGGUAGAGAAGUUGCCUGGUUCAUUAAGGCUCGACUGGGCGAUUUAUAAGAAUCAACACCAACCAACAACGCUUGGCGUUUUCGGCGAUUUCAUGUCGGGGCUAGUGACAGCCGCAAGUGAAGUCUCGUUCACCCAUCCGGAACCUAGUACUCUCCAGAAAUUUGCAUUGCAGUCGGAUAUCCGAGCUAACCGACAGAAAAGUGGAAAAACUGGUAUUUUUCAAGCACAUUCCACUGAACAAGCUGAAGGUGCCGCGUCCAAUAGCGCUUCAACCGAGCCUAAACCGUAUAAACAGUGUCUAUCGUGUGGCCGAGCGGGCCAUCGUGUAGCCGAAUGUGAACAAUUCAGCGACGCCAGCAUCGACGAACGCUGGAAGCUGGUUCAGCAGAAGGGGCUUUGUCGAACAUGCCUUAACAGUCACGGUAAAUGGCCGUGUCGCUCAUGGCAUGGUUGUGGUAUACCAGAAUGUCGUCAGCGGCACCACACACUUCUUCAUUCGUUCACUACUCAUGAAAGAGUGAAUAUUUCGUCUAGCUAUGUAACAUCCGGAAACCUCCAGUGGCCCCUUUUUCGCAUCCUCCCAGUUACCCUCUACGGUCCCAAUACAUCUCAAACUAUUUACGCCUUUAUUGACGAAGGCUCAUCAUAUACACUCCUUGAUGAAUCGGUAGCAGACCGACUAAACGUCAGUGGCAAACUUGAGCCGCUUACCUUGAAGUGGACUGGGAACGUAACGAGGGUAGAGCCAAAAUCGCGAUGUGUGUGCCUCAGCAUCUCGGGUAAAAACAACAAAUCCCGAUAUACACUCUCUCAGACUCGUACGGUGAGUCGACUUGUGCUACCUACUCAAAGUCUAAAAUAUGAAGACCUCGCAAAUCGUUAUCCUCAUCUAUGGGAGCUUCCGGUUGAAGCCUACGAACUAGUACGUCCUCAAAUCCUCAUUGGUCUGGACAAUUUGCGCCUGUGCGUUCCACUAAAGCUGCGUGAAGGUGGAUUAAGGGAUCCAAUCGGAGCGAAAUGCAGACUGGGAUGGAGCAUUUACGGGUGCGUUCCUAACUCACCAAAUCAAUCAGCGAUCCUCGGCCUUCAUAUUGGGGCAGUAUCCGAUUCGGAUCGUGAACUGAACGAACAGCUUCGCGAUUAUUUUACUCUGGAAGACAUCGGAGUAGUUGGGCUUCGUGAGCCGCUGGAGUCAACAGACGAAAAACGCGCAAGACAGCUUUUAGAGGAAACAACUCGACGUACACCAUCCGGAUUGUCAUUUGAAACGGGGCUAUUGUGGAAGACCGACAGCACGAGCUUUCCUGACAGCUAUCCAAUGGCCGUCCGACGACUGGAGUCCUUAGAACGGCGGCUUCAGCGAGAACCGGAACUAAAAAAUCGCGUACAGGAGAUGAUUACGGAAUAUGAGCGGAAGGGAUAUAUACAUAAGGCUAGCUUGACGGAGUUGACUUCGGUUGAACCAAAUCGCGUCUGGUAUCUUCCCCUGGGUGUAGUUAUUAACCCUAAAAAGCCUGCGAAGAUUAGAUUGAUCUGGGACGCUGCUGCAAAGGUGGGUGACGUAUCGCUCAACUGUAAAUUACUUAAGGGGCCAGAUCUAUUGAUACCUCUCCCGAAAGUCUUGUCUCAAUUCCGUCAAUAUCCGGUGGCUGUGUGUGGUGACUUGAUGGAGAUGUUUCACCAGUUUAAGAUUCGACAUCCAGACUGUCAUUCGCAACGUUUCCUGUCCCGAAAAAGGCCAACUGACCCCCCGCAAGUUUACGUCAUGGAUGUGGGCACCUUUGGAUCAACCUGUUCGCCGGCCUCAGCACAAUACAUCAAAAAUCUUAACGCAAAAGAAUCCGUCGAAGAAUACCCGCGUGCCGCGGGAGCUAUCAUCGACAGACACUACGUCGACGACUACUUGGACAGCUUCGAGACCAUUCCAGAGGCGAUCGACGUAGUGAAUGAGGUCCAACCGGUGCACUCUAAAGGAGGCUUCACUCUUCGUCGAUUUUUAUCAAAUGAAAUUAAGGUCCUGCAAGGAAUCGGCGAGAUUACUGAAGAAGAAUUCAAAAGUUUGGACCUGGAACGAGGUGAGAAAACUGAGUCGGUAUUGGGCAUGAAAUGGAUCCCGCGAGACGAUCUAUUUGUCUACACUUUCGGGGACAGGGAAGAUCUGCAACAGAUUCUACGCCAAGAUCAUGUUCCCUCGAAACGUGAGGUUGCCAUACUAGUCAUGAGCCUGUUCGACCCACUUGGCUUCAUUGCAUUUUACCUCGUCACCGGUAAAAUGCUCAUUCAGGAGCUCUGGUCCAAAGGGACAGGAUGGAACCAACGAAUACCACAAGAUAUUAACAAACGCUGGCGACUGUGGGCAGAUCAGCUUCAUAAUCUCGACUCGAUACGUAUACCACGCUGCUACUUCUCCUCGUCUCUUCAGAACGGCUUCGAACAUCUACAAAUCCAUCUAUUCGUAGUAUACUUCCGCUUGAAGACGGCAACCGGCGUGCAAAUCGCACUAGCAGGAGCGAAAACCAAAGUAGCCCCCGAAGAAACACUCGUGAAGACUGCUCAAGGUGAAUUCUAUGCGGACGAAAUCAACACUCUCUACAAAACUCGAGGCUCGCCCAAUGAACGCCAUCCCACCAUGAACAAAUCCAGUACUAUAUACACUAGGAGCCCAUUUAUGGAUGAGAAAGGGGUCAUCCGGUGCCGCGGCCGUAUCGGUGCUGCGCCAUAUGCCCCGAUGGAAGCUAAGUUCCCAAUCAUCCUUCCUAGACAACAUCAAAUAACCUUCCUCAUUGUAGACUGGUACCACCGCCGCUUUCGCCACGCCAAUCGAGAGACCAUUUUCAACGAGAUUCGUCAACGUUUCGAGAUAGCUGCUCUCAGACGUCUACUAGAUAAAGUCCAACGUGCGUGUCUACACUGCCGCAUAGCGAAAGCAAAUCCAAGUCCACCAGCGAUGGCACCUCUUCCUGAGACCCGUUUGACUGCUUUCCUGCAUCCGUUUACUUUCACCGGAUUGGACUACUUUGGACCAUUAAUUGUAAGAGUAGACGGCCGCGUAGCGCUCGAAGCAGCUGGAAAAUGGCUAGAUGCAUUGCCGAUGAUUUCUGGCGAAGAUGGCUCAAAGAGUACCUUCCGACAAUUACUAGAAGAGGCAAGUGGUUCGAAGAUGUAA